CUUAUCCACCCUUAUUGAAGGGUCUUGGACACUCCCUUAAGCCCCUCAUUCGAACUCCCAAGGAUAAGGGAGAAGGAGAGAGCCACACAACCAAGAAAGCAAGAGAAAGGGGAAGCUGCCGCAGGUUCGUUUUCCAGUGCGUAAGGUUACUUGUUUGCUUCAUAUCCCGAGUUAUACACAUCCAAAUAAGGCGUGCGAGAUACCCACAGAAAGCUCUCAAGACGAGGAAUCCGUGAAGGUCUGGUUUGCAUCAAUCGGAGUAGUGGAAGGCUUCCAAAUCGUCCGAGCAAAACACAACCUCGCGGAAUACGUUUUUUGUAUUCAAGGUUAGGGAACGAUUUCGUCGGGAACACCCGUUCUAGGGACUGUUUUUGUGUCCUCGGUUAGGAGUUGAACUAGCACUUUGGAGAGGCUGUUUAACACUCAAUUCCAAGCAAGGAAUCAGUUCUCAAUCUUCCUUGGCCAAAGCUUUGACCAUGGGAUCAAGAAAGAAAGAUUUGAAGCUCAAUUAAGGGUCUUGGACACUCCCUUAAGCCCCUCAUUCGAACUCCCAAGGAUAAGGGAGAAGGAGAGAGCCACACAACCAAGAAAGCAAGAGAAAGGGGAAGCUGCCGCAGGUUCGUUUUCCAGUGCGUAAGGUUACUUGUUUGCUUCAUAUCCCGAGUUAUACACAUCCAAAUAAGGCGUGCGAGAUACCCACAGAAAGCUCUCAAGACGAGGAAUCCGUGAAGGUCUGGUUUGCAUCAAUCGGAGUAGUGGAAGGCUUCCAAAUCGUCCGAGCAAAACACAACCUCGCGGAAUACGUUUUUUGUAUUCAAGGGAACGAUUUCGUCGGGAACACCCGUUCUAGGGACUGUUUUUGUGUCCUCGGUUAGGAGUUGAACUAGCACUUUGGAGAGGCUGUUUAACACUCAAUUCCAAGCAAGGAAUCAGUUCUCAAUCUUCCUUGGCCAAAGCUUUGACCAUGGGAUCAAGAAAGAAAGAUUUGAAGCUCAAUUAAGUUUCAGGUAGGACUUGAAGGUUGCUACCACGCCCGUUGCUUCGGGAAGAUCAAAGGAGGAGGACGUGUUCAUGUUCCCCAUAGUGCAACCAAGACAUUGCUACCUCAUAUGUUGUGAUAUGAAGUCAAGUAGUGUGGAUAUAAUUGACAGUGCGGGUGAUAGAGUUAGUAUCGAUAACAAAUACGGCAAAAUGCCCCUCAUAGUGCGCGACAUGUUGGUGACAUUUAUGAAAGAGUGCGGUCUGGAGAACAAAACAACAAGGGCAAUGGCAAAAGCGAAACCAAAGAGACUGAAUAUGGACUGGCGUGAAGCAAAGAGUGUAUUCAACUAUGGGAUCUACACCAUGCGCCACAUGGAGACAUACAAGGGUAGAGGGGGGAGAGACUGGGAUUGUGGGCUGAAACCGGGUGAAACGAAGCAGCUCACAGUGCUACGUCACAGAUAUUGUCAUAAAAUUGUGACAAGCAUGAUUAAUGAACUCAAAGACACAAACAGACUUCCUACGCAUGAGUACGAUAAAAAGAAAAAAUAAUCAGGGAUGAAAGAUGCAGGGGUUUUGAGGAGGAUUAAGAAUAUUUUUUGUUGUUACUGGUGAAGUGUUUUUUGAGAGUUGACAAAACAAUGCAACCUGAAUGAUGCUUUAUUUUGAAUGA